CUUGUUUACGGGAGUUCCGGUAAAAUCUUACAACUUGGACAAGAAAUUGUUUAUGUUGACCGAAUUUGUAAUUUAAUUUACUAAAUCAUGCCAAAAGUAAAGAGAAGUAGAAAACCACCACCAGAUGGCUGGGAACUGAUAGAACCUACAGUUGAUGAAUUGGAUCAAAAAAUGCGAGAAGCGGAGACUGAACCACAUGAAGGAAAGAGGAAAGUUGAGGCGAUGUGGCCUAUAUUCCGUCUGCACCAUCAAAAAUCAAGAUACAUAUUUGAUCUGUUUUACAGAAGGAAAGCAAUUAGCAGAGAGCUCUAUGAAUAUUGCUUGAAGGAGAAUAUUGCAGAUAAAAACUUAAUAGCCAAGUGGAAGAAGCCAGGUUAUGAAAAUUUAUGCUGCCUACGUUGUAUACAGACACGAGACACAAACUUUGGAACUAACUGUAUUUGCCGAGUACCAAAAAGUAAACUGGAAACUGGAAAGAUUGUCGAGUGUAUUCACUGUGGAUGUCGAGGGUGUUCAGGUUGAGACAUUUGGAGCACACAAGUGAUGAAAUAUGUAACAAAAGUGACCACGCUACGACUUGAUGUUCGGAUGUGUGGAAAUCGGCCUGAAGAUUGAAAAACACACUUGUAAUAUGUUUUAAAGUGAACAUGUCAAAUAGAUUUAACAUAUUAUUAUCUGGAUGUGGUAACUCAAAGUUCUUUUCAACUGUAUCAAAAACAUUUUUAACUAGUAGAAUUUCGGUUGUUGUAAAUUUGUUCUGUUUAACUGUGAAUGUGUUAUGACACGAAAAGAAUAAAGCAUAGAUGCCUUGUAAUAUUUUAUUCACCACUAUAUUGAUGAAAGCGCAGGUGUGUCAGAGAAUCAUGGAUCUGCAACAUGAGUUACAAUAAUUGCAGCUUUCAGUCAACAGAGGCUGUAAGUCAAUUUGUGUUGGAUGUUGAAAGAAACAUGUCCAUCCCCCAAAUUGUUUAUAUGUAAAAGGUCAUUGAAAUAAUGUUUUCACAUCAACAUCUGUAACUGCCCACUGCAAUUGGCAAAGCUGUGGAGAAUUACUUCUCCCCAGCACUUUUUUUUUUUUUGCUGUAGACUAUUCAAUGUUAUUUUCACAGCAUGUAUUUUGGCGUAAACAUUUUUUUAAUUUCAGAGAUUGCACAUUCAUGUUUUAUUGUACAAAAGGACUAAGUGAUGGCAUCCAUUUAUUAGGUAAACUCGGAUAUAAACAUUUUCUUAAUUUCAGAGAUUGCACAUUGAUGUUUUAUUGUACAAAAGGACUAAGUGAUGGCAUCCAUUUAUUAGGCAAUAUGCUGAUCUACUUUGGAGGGUUAGUGUGGGAACAACUGAAUGACUUAUCAGUUAGUAAAGUAGUUACACAUGUAGGUUUAAAGUUGUUUUAAUUUCUUUUUCAAAAUGUUCAGUAAAAAGAAAUUCCUAUUUUUGUUAAAUAACAAGAGGCAACAUUAUCACCCGAGAAAGAUAAAGAUUCAUUCAGUAUGCAUAUUUGUUUGAUGUGAAUUCCAAAUAUAAUAUUAAAAUCAUGAGUUAAAUAAAGAAAAAUGUUCAAUAAUACAUUAUUAGUAUUAUAACAUUUGGAGUCAUGUUGACUGACACACUGACUUGAUAUAUAGCAUACUUGUAAGAAUCUGUAAUUGUCUAUUACAUGCUUGAGCAGUACAAAUGUAACUGGUUCCGAUUUCUGAUCAUAGGAACCCAUUUUCCUUUGCAAAAACACAUUUAAUAAAGGCCAUUCCACAUUAGCGUAUGUUACAGUCACAAGAUAAUUUUUAAUCUCUGAAGUGGGAUCUAGCUCGACUGCUAGAAUCCUUGCCUGAGGUGCUUGAGUCAGAGGAUCGAAUCCCCUCCAUGGACCCAGUCUCAAAUUGGGGUUUUUCCUAUCCCAACCAGUGUCCCAUAACUGGUAUAUCGAAAGCUGUAGUGUGUGCUGUCCUGUCUGUGUGGGAGUGCAUAUAACUGAUUUUGCCCUGCUGAUGGAGAAAUGUAGCAGGUUUCCUCUAAAAUCUACAUGUCAGAAGUUACAAACAUUUGACAUUUAACAGUCGAUUAUUAAUCAGGCAACUUGCUUCUAGACUAAGUAAAUGUUUUAAAGUCUGCAUUGUGUAUCAUGUUUUUUCUUCCAUCUUUUUGAAGAUCUGUACAGUGGAUUAUUAAUUUUUAAAAUUAUAUUUUCAAUGACAUUGCAAGUAUAAACAAGAUAUUAAACUUGUGAAGGUGUGUAAUGUUUGGUUUAAUUAGUUUGUUGUAAAAGCAAUAAAAUACAUUUUAUGUUG